AUGAUCAGUCUCUUUAAAACAAGUAGCGGUGUUGAUGGCAUGAGGAAGUCUUGGUUGCUUUAUGUCAGUAGUGUUAUAGCAGUUAGAUUCUUUGGGGAUGAGAUAACGGUAAUUUUAAGCGAUAAGGGUAUUAAGAAAAUCAUUCAUUAUGAUAGGAGUGGUGGUGGUGUGAGUGGUGGUGAUAGUCGAGAUAGUAGUAUUCAGGUGGGUAAUAAUGUAUCUAGUACCUUAGCUAGUAAUCAAGUGGGUACUGGUAAUGUUAAUGGUAUUAGAGAUAGUACUGGUACUGGUAAUGGUAAUGGUACUGGUAGAGAUAGUACUACUAGAGAUAUUGGUGUUCAAGUGGGUAAUGGUAGUAUUAAUGUUAGAGAUAGUAAUGGUGCUGGUAGUAGUACUAGAGAUAGUAAUGGUAGUAGUAGUAGAGAUAGUAGUAUUCAAGUAGGUAAUGGUAAUAUUAAUACUAGAGAUAGUAAUAGUAAUGUUAAUAGUAUUAGAGAUGGUAGUAAUCAAGUAAGUAAUGGUAAGACAAGUAGGAAUACUACUCAACUAACUGGUGGCAAUACUACUAAUAGAAAUGGUAAUAGAGAUAGUAGUAAUAGAAAUAGUAGUAGUAGAAAUAGUAGUAGAAAUAGAGAUAGAGAUGGUGAACGGCGGGGGUGUUGGGUGAUAGAAGUGGGGAGUCGGAUGGAUGGGUUGAAAGUUGAGGAGGUGAGAAGAAAGGUACAGAGUAAUGGUGGUCGGUUGGUUUAUGUUUAUGACCGGAUAAUGCGGGGGAUCAGUAUUUGUGGGGGUGAGUUAAAUCGGUGGCAGAAGGUUAUGCUUGAAUUAGGAGUGGAGGUGGUGGGGAUAGAACCGGAUAAGAAGUAUCGGAGUAGUUACUUACAGAAAGGUAUUCCUGAUAACUUCUAUGUCAGUAGAAUGGCUGAGUCUAGUUGGUUGGGUAGUGGUUGGUGGAAUAGAGUAGUUAGUAAGUACGUACGGAAUAGUUACUUGGUGCGGAAGUCUUUUUGGUUUAAGUGGUACCGAGAUAUGUAUGUUUAUGCUGCUAGUUUAGAGACUGGUAGUGGAGUUAGUAUUCAUGUGCUGGAUACUAAUGGAGUGUUUAACCAUCCGGAAAUAGAAGGAAGAGUACGAGUGAAGAAAGUACUAGGUAGGAACUUGCCAUUGGAUGCACAUGUGGUUUCGGUUGUUACGGCGGCGGCUGGUCAGACAACGGGAUUAGGGAAAGAAGCUCAAGUUUAUGUUUAUCCGGUCUUUGAUCGGUCUUUGGGAUACUUAAGUGAUAUUCUUUGGGGGUUAGAAAGAGUUGCUAGUGAAGUAGUUCCUUGGGUUUCAGUUGUACUCUUACCCUUCUCUGGUGAAGUUUCGGAUAUUUUGGAUGGAGCUCUUAAACACUUCUUUGAUCGGAAUGUUCAUGUAGUAGCUGCAGCUGGUAAUGAUAGUAGUAAUUCUUGCCAAUUUAGUCCUGGUCGGUCGGCUUAUGCCUUAACAGUUAGUAGUUUAACCGAUACUUACCAAGUAUCUAGUUGGUCUAACCAAGGUACUUGUACUGAUGCUUACUCACCAGGUUUAGUUACAGUUGGUCAAACUCAAACUAAUUCCUCAACAACCACCAGUACAACUCCUCAUUACCGCCAAGAAGAAGGCACAAGUCUUUCUGCUGCCUACACAGCCGGGUACAUCUCCCAACUUAUUGAAAGAACCAACUAUACAUCCCAAGCACUCAAAACCUUCUUCCAAUCAAUUCCCAAUCAAAUCACACCUCUUCCCCACCAAAGUUCACUCUUCCCAACUAUUAACUCCAAUCACACAUACAACUCCAUCAUUUAUGAUGGUCUAAUUCUUAUCCUUUUCCUAUGUCUUCUUCUCAUCCCGUUCUACUUCCUAUUCAAGAACCGCCGCUAUUCAUUCAUCCGGUACAACUCCCGCAAAUAA